GUUUCGCUAGGUUCACGGAGCUCCUACCGACACAAGUCCCGGAUGUACCAACGCCUCUCGUUUGACAGAAAGGAUGCAGACCAUCAAGUGUGUGGUGGUGGGCGACGGCGCUGUGGGUAAGACCUGUCUGCUCAUCUCCUACACCACCAACAAGUUCCCCUCAGAAUAUGUGCCCACGGUAUUUGACAACUAUGCAGUGACAGUAAUGAUAGGAGGGGAACCGUAUACCCUUGGUCUAUUUGAUACUGCAGGACAGGAGGACUACGACAGGCUGCGGCCCCUCAGCUACCCCCAGACCGACGUCUUCCUCGUCUGCUUCUCCGUCGUCUCGCCCUCCUCCUUCGAAAAUGUCCGGGAGAAGUGGGUGCCAGAGAUCUCGCACCACUGCCCCAAGACGCCCUUCCUGCUGGUGGGCACCCAGGUGGACCUGCGCGACGACAGCAACGUGGUGGACAAGCUGGCCAAGAACAAGCAGCGGCCCAUCUCCCCCGAGGGCGGGGACAAGCUGGCGCGAGACCUGCGCGCCGUCAAAUACGUCGAGUGCUCUGCCCUCACGCAGAGAGGCCUGAAGAACGUCUUUGACGAGGCCAUCCUGGCGGCCUUGGAGCCCCCAGAAACCAAGCGCAGGAGUAACAAAUGCAGCCUGUUGUAGACCAGGGGGCAUGGAGACAUGUCUACAGCACACACACACACACACACACACACGCUCUCGCACACACACACACACACACACACACACACACACACACACACACACACACACACGCACACACGCACGCACACACACACACACACACACACACACACACACACACAGAUCUAGGGACCGGAACGUGGACCAUUGGUAAAGGUAGACCGUGGGGAGGAUGAAGUAAGCAGUGUGGGAGGGAACGAGGGAGACGGACACGCUCUUCUGUUUAUUAUUGUUUCUCCAUGCAGUGCCUUGAGUAACCCAACUAAGACAGUGGUGGUGUGGUUAUCUGUUGUAUUCGCUGGGGGAUAUGCCAAUAAGCUGGUUACGUGUGCUAAACCUGGCUGAGUUAACCUACAUGAAACCUGCUAAUAAAUAACCCUUAUGUGUCAUUCAGUUAAGAAAGAGUAGUCUAUUAGAUGACUUUGUUGAGGUUGACUGAACCCGGUUUACUACCAAGCCAGGUUCUUGGAAUACCACCCUGCUCCUGUUGUCUAACUGCCUAGUUCAUUACCAGUGAUCAGCCUUAAAUAUACUGCACAGCAUCAGCAUCAGUGGAAAUAUGGAGCGCAUCCAUGAGGACACUGCUUUUUAUGAAGCACGAGACAUGGAUGGAUAUGGUCGCUCUGUUUUUCGUUUAGUAUUUACUAACCAAAUUUCACAGACACACACAGACACACACAGACACACACACAAACACACACACAGACACACACACAGACACACACACAGACACACACACAGACACACACAAAGACACACACACAGACACACACACAGACACACACACAGACACACACACAGACACACACACACACACACACACACACACACACACAGACACACACACACACACACACACACACACACACACACACACACACACAGACACACACACACACACACAGACACACACACACACACACAGACACACACACACACACACACACACACACACACACACACACACACACACACACAAAUGUACACCACGUCCCUUACAUAGGGCCUUACUAGCAUGGUGAAAUGGACAGAAGUAGGAAUAACACCAGGAAACAAAAAAAAGGAACAACGAUCCAUGAAGUGGGUGUUUCCUCACUUGUGUUGUUGUGCUGCAACUAAAAACUGGAGUGUGAAAAGUGCUUCUUACCUCUGCCUGUAACGGGCAAGAGAAUUAAACUGAACCUCUAUAUUCUUACAAUACAUUUGGAGAAUUAUGGUGCAUUAAUAAUAAUAGGAGUAAUAAUAAUAAUAAUAUAACUUGAUUAUUGUUUGUAAAUGAUAGGUGUGUUUCUUUUUUUUCUUUUUGCAAACCUUGUUUUUCCUCCUGACCGAGUUUGUUUUUAUUAUUAUUUUUUAAUAAUACUGAAUUUACUUCAUUUUGUGCCAACAUUUUGAGUGCCACUCCAUUGCUGCGUUUUUGUUUGUUUGUUUGUUUUCAUCAUGACAAACUGUUGCACACUCCAGGGGUACAUUCCAGAAAGGUGGUUUAGUGACCAACCGAGUCAACUCAAAACGAGUAUUAAACCUCCUAAUUGAUGUCACAUAGAGGUUUAUUCCAUAGACGUAUCCUAUGAACGGGUUCAUACUGUAUGUCUAUGGCUUAUCCCUGGAUCACAACAAAGUCACAGGUUGCCUCUACUAUAUGAUGCACCUCUUACAUUGAGUUAGCAUAACGAGGUAAGAUGACAAAACCUGCUUUCAGGAAUACCCCACAGUACUCUAAAAGGUUUGUUGUUUUGAUUAAUAAUGACAAUGCAAUAAUGAUGUGAUGUGACAAUGAUGGGUUUCGAGCAGACGCCUGAAGCGGUGGAAUGUAAAGUAAUAAAACUAGACUGUUUCAAUGGA